AUGGCCUCUCCGUCUCCCACCGUUUCACCUCUUUGCUGCUCAGUGUGUGAAAUGUUUAGCUAUUCCUCUGCCUCCUUUAGUGAAGACGGUAAGUGCUUAAAGUGUAGUUUAUUUGCAGGGCUGGAGGCGAGGCUCAGUCAGUUAGAGGUCCGGUUCUGCCAAUUUGACCAUAGUCCGAUAGACUCGUCAGCUAGCCAGGCUAAGCUAGCGGCGGACCGGCCUGUAGCAGAAGCUGCUAGCCGCUUCCCUGCAGCUCCCGAGCAGCCGGCCAGUCAGGGCGGCUGGGUGACGGUUCUGAGGAAGCGUAGUCCUAAAGGGCGCACGGAACACCACCACCCGCUUCAUGUGUCUAACCGAUUUUCCCCACUCAGCGACACACCCGUUGAGAAGCCGACCCUGGUGAUUGGCGACUCCAUAGUCAGGCAUGUGAGGCCGACUCCAGCGACCAUAGUUAGGUGCAUCCCGGGGGCCAGAGCGGGCGACAUUGAAGCAAAUUUGAAGCUGAUGGCUUCAAAUUUGUAAUGAAGUAAUCGUAAAUUUGGUAAAGUUAUCAUCAAUGUCGGAGCUAAUGACUCCCGUCUUCGCCAGUCGGAAGUGACCAAAAUUAAUAUUGUCUCGGUGUGUAACUACGCCAAAAGUAUGUCGGACUCCGUAGGUUUCUCUGGUCCCCUCCCCAAUCUGACCAGCGAUGACGUGUUUAGAUGUUUAGCCGCAUGCUCCCGCUCCGCCGCUGCUCGCCGAGCCACGCUGACAGCCGGCCGCGUCGAGGGAGACGGCCGAGACGCCGACGAGCCUCUGCGGCGGAUCAAAGAGCCGCUUACACAUGUCUUCACGCCCCUCGGUCACUUUGUUACCAGGCCAAUUAAAUCACAGCUAAAUGUUUUGUCAGUGGGAGGGGUGGGAGACGCUGCCCCCGACCUGUAA